CUUCUCUUCCUUUAUUAGAGCCAAGCUGGUAGUUUAUUCUACUCUUCAAUUGUUAACUAACUAUAUUUCAAGUUAUAACCCGAUAUACAUUGCCUUAUUUACGCCAAAUAAAGCCGCUUGUAGAUAUUGGUCAAUCUACUAUUUAUUACCACCGACAUCUCUGGCCGUUCCAUGUCAUAACAUUCCUAUGGAUGGACAACACCAACCACACGGCCAACGACGACGACGCCCGUCUGAAACUGAAGACUCGUUCGUAGAUCCUCUGCAGGAACUCGACCCGUCACCUCUCGACUGGACCCCGGACCUGGAACAGGGCGGAUACUCCCCCAACAUCUCCUCCUCCCGCAAAUCCUCAGAAACACGCAGCUAUGAAAGCGAAAGCAAGCACAGAAGUAGCCCAGUUCGACAUGUAGGGCUAAGUGGAAAGGGUUGGGAAUACUGGCUCUCAACCCUCCAGCGAACAUCCACCUACCCGCCCACCCUCUUCCUAACCAUGCACUUCACAAACACCUCCCUACUCCCCCUCCUCACCAACUCCAUCUCAGCCUCCGAACCCUAUCUCCUCCUCACCCGCCCCUUCUACCAAUCCCCCGCCCUCGAACCCCUCCUUCUCACGCUCCCCAUCGUCACCCACCUCGCCUCAGGAGUCGCCCUCCGCAUCCUCCGCGCCCGCCGCCGCGCCCGCCUCUACGGCGCCGAAACCCGCGCCCAGCGCCACGAGCUCCGCGCCUCGGGUCACUGGAGACGGCCCAGCGCCCAGGCCUGGCUGGGCUACCUGCUGCUGCCGCUGCUCGGGUCGCACGUGCUGGUCAACCGCGUUGUGCCGGUGGUGGUGGACGGGGGCAGCUCUGGGGUUGGGCUGGGGUUUGUGGCGCAUGGGAUUGCGCGGGCGCCGUGGAUUAUGCGCGGCUGGUAUGCGGCGCUGGUUGGGGUGGGUGUGUGGCAUGUUGUCGGGGGGUGGGCGUGGUGGAUGGGCUAUAGGCAGGAAAUGACGGAGACGGGGAAGGGGACGGGGAAGGGGAAGAGUAAAGGGGCCGGUGGGGGGUUUUUGGGGUCGUUGGAGUGGAGGAAGAGGUCGAGGAGGGUUAGACGGGCUGUUAUUGGGGUUUCGGUGGCUGGGGUUGGGUUGUGGUUGGCUGGUGGAUUGGGGAUUUUGGGGCAGGGGGGAGUGGGAAGGGGGUGGGAGGCAAAGGGAUGGGAUAAUAUAUAUAGAGAGGUGCCGUUGUUAGGGUGGGUUAUGGGGUUGAAAUGAUUUGGGGAUGGGAUAUGAUUUUGCAUUUCAUGUCUGUGUAGUUCGUAUAGAUAAAUACACCAUUUUUGGGAGGUAGCUAGCUACUAGAAUAAUAGACGUUUCUCAAUGGAAGUAUUUCCCUUGGAAUAUGAGAGGAAAUUAACAUACAAUUGAGACCAAAUUACCCAACUAAAUCACUCUUGUAGAUAUUCGCCUUCCCCAUCGUUUUCUUGCAACCUCAAUAUCCCCUCCCCCUGGCUCGGCAUUCCCACUGAUGCGAUAUCGGAGCAAUCGUGUUUCGCCGAAAGUGACAGAACGAACAUCCAACGCCGGCAAUCACAAAAACGCAGAAAAAC